GCCGGGGCUGCCAUGAGGGAGGCGCCGGCGGCGGGCCGGGCGGCGGCGCGCAGGUGAAGGAUGCUGGCCUGGAGGCCCGGAGCCCGGAGCGCAGUGGCGGCGCGCUGCACCGAGUCUUCGGACGCCCACGACGGAGCCCCCCUCAGCCCCCGCUCGGGCCGCGGGUGCCGCCGGCCUGGCGCCGACCUAGCUAUGAAAAUCCAUCUAGAGAAAAAUUUAGAAGAAGAGCGCCAGAUAUUAUUGCAGCAACAAAAAAUAUGUCGAAAUCGAGCUCGUAAAUAUUUUGUGGAAUCAAACCGGAGAAAAAAAGCUUUUGAAGAGAAACGAAAAGAACAAGAAGAAAGAGAACAACAAAUCAGAGAACAGAUACUUCAACAAAGAAAAGAAAAGUUUGAAGAAGUCACUGAAAAAUUCCAACGUGCCCAUAUUCCUCUUUCACAACGGAGGAGAGCAGUUUUUCAGAAACCAGUUCCUCCUUUGGAAGAAGCCCUCAAACAAAUUCAGGAAUCCAACUUAAAAUCAGAAGGAAACCUUCCCUCUUCCCACAGACCAACAAUAAAUUGGAGAGCUGUAGAUAAUGCCUUGCCUUCAUCAUUGUCAAAAAAUGGUCACAAGCAUCAGAAACUUCUCUUAUCCAAAAUCAAUUGUGAUAAAGAAAUGAAGGAAAACAACAGGGCAAACAUGGCUACUAACAAAGAUGCGUUCCAGCUUAAACUGGAAGAAACUCAGAAACUCCUAGAAGAUCAGCAUCUAAGCAGUUUGCAAAAAUUUCGUGAUGAAGUUAAUCAAAUAACAAAUUCUGAAACCCUCUCAAGUAUAGAUAGUCUCGAGGCUGGGGAACAUGAAGAAAUAUAUUUAACAAUUAACAUGGAGCCUUUCCUGUCAAACCAACAGAAUUCUGUUUCUCUCAAGUCAGUAAAUCUGCAGUCAACUAAUCUAAGCUGCUUUGAUGAAGAUAAACUAUCACUCUCUAAAACUCAACAUAUAAAUAAUUGGCUCAUAAAUGUAAAUAAUCCAGAUACUCGGAGUGCCACACCUUUCUCAGAUAUUUUAAGUAAACCUAACAUUCUACCUUCCCAUCAACGUUUUAACAGUAAAGAACAAAAUCCACCUGUGGAAAGAGUCACAAAUACUAAUAAUUCAGUAGCCUUUGUGUGCAGUCCGCCCAUAUGUGUACAAGACGGAAAAAGCAAAGAGGUCUCUGAAACCAGCUCUGUGAGGGCAACUCACUCCUCCUCUGGAGCGUUCAGAAGGGAGAGACCCUUUGUUACUGAGAGCCCGACAUUUAAACUCAGCAGAUUCUCUAACUGCUCCACUCCAGACUCCCUAACACAGGAAACGGCUGCAUCUGCAGACCAGAGGGGAAAUUUUGAAUUAGCACAGGAAAAUAGAACUACUUCAAUCCCUACUUCAUUUGUACCCAUGGCAACGCCUUUGGUUUUGCCUAAUAAACAAUCAGCUAGGCCUCUACCAAACAGCAGCCUACCUAUAAAAGAAAUCGACCCAGUGCAGUGUUCUGAUAAGUUAGGAGAAUUGAAAAAUGUUAAAGAUGAGAAGAUAAAAUAUUUUAAUUGUAAUAAGAAAGACUUGCCUUUAUUUUCAGAUGAUUUUCAAGUUGCCUAUAUACCUCACCACUCUGAUUCAAAAGAGAAAAAACAAAAAAUAGUGGAAACAUCAACAUCAGUGUCUCACGUAAUCUCUAACUGUGACUUAGUCAGUCAGCACAAGAAAAUGAAAUACAACAUUCAUGAGAGAAACGGUGUGAGGUUUCUUAAAAGUAUUUUAAAAAAAGAAUCUAAAUACGAACAUGAUUGUUUUAAGGCACUAGUUAUAAACCGAAGCUUUAAGUUAGGAAAUCAAAGAGCAGCAGCUAUUAGAGAUAGUAUUGAAUUAACAAAAGAAAAAGGUACAGAAAUUCCAAAGACUAUUAAAAAACUGAGGUGGUUUGAUGAAACUGGAGAUACAGAAAAACCCGCUGCAGAUAAUCAUUCGCUGAAGAGAACAGAACUAUCUCAACAGUGGUGUCAACCGUUCCACGUUCAGACCGGAAGUGGUGCUGCCAGCCACGUAAUUGACGUUGCAGCCGGUCCUGUGAGUUCGGUUGAGGGAACGAAGCCCACAGAGGGCUCCAGCUCUGAAAACGUGCCCGCUUUAGAACCUGGAACAGACCAUGUGCCUCUGAACCGUCUCGUACCUUCAGGUUGUAACGUUGCCAAACAAGCCUGGCCAGCCUCAGAAAAAGAGGAAAGCCAAGCCCCUCUACCUAGUGGUGAUUCUACAGCUCAGAAAGCUCACCCACGAAGAGGGGGCGCCAAAGUAAUUAGGAGAACACGAUGUGCUCAAGUCCAGUCACACUUGGCGUGUGCCACCAGAAAAGGCACUGUCGUUCGGCCGCAGUCCGCAAGCAGAGCCGACGCAUUUUUACCGGCUCAGGGCAGACUGACUGUGCCUCAUCCUCCUCCGAAGUCCCCGUCAAACAGGAGGAGUGGUAACAAUACACAGGUGUCUCAGUGUCCCUCAGUAACGCUUGAAAAUUCUCAAAACGUUAUGACACAAAACUGUUUUAAUUCCAAACCUGUGCUUCCAACAGAACACGGGUUAAAUCAGUGGAAUCAAGAAAGUCGUUUUCCACUCUCAGAUGUCUGUUCGGACUUAGCCACUACGAUGCCUUCUCUGCCACAUUGUUCUUCCGAGUGCCCAACUUUAGCAAACAUCAAUCAUUCAAAUGGCAUGCAGAUGGUUGCCCAGCAAGGUGGGAGGUUUCACUGCACCCACAGAUGUCCUGUGUAUGAAGAAAGUCAUCACAACGUGACUCUUAGAACUGCUAAACGAGAAUCUGUUCCUUUGCGGAAGAGACGAAACGAUAUUCUGGGUCAAAAUGCCAAGACUGCUGAUUCUGCUAUUGUAAGAAGAAAACGAAUUGUUGAAAAUAAGCAGAGACGUCUUUUAGAACAGAAAAGGCAAAACUCUGGAUCUGUGGGACAGAAGUACAAUGAGCAAAUGAAUAAUUUUGGACGAAGUGUCCAGCUAAGUUCAAGGGAGCCAAAACAAACAAGGGGUACUUCUGAUGCUGAAGAAGUUUCAGAUAGUACUUCUGAGUUUUUGAUGGCUGAAAACCUAGUGAAAGCUUCAGUGCCUGAGGAUGAAAUUCUCACUGUCAUAAAUAGCAAGCCGCUACAGAAAUCAAAUGUGGCUUCAAAUACAACCCCGCCAUUCAACAUUUGUGCACUGUCAGCUGAUGAACAGAAGAUUCUACAGUCCCUCAGUCGUCUCAAUGAAAGGCUGUACUGUAAUACCAUAGUCAUGUCAUUUGUGAUGAUGCCAGUUCCUCUGGCUGAUGCAUCUGUCAGGAACACACGGAUACACUCCCACGUCAGCGCUGGCACAGGCUUCUGUCUAUACUCACCAUCUAUCAAAAAUGUACAAGAAACCAUUUCCAAAAAUCCAUCCAUCAGAAAUACCCUACGAAUAAUACAACUUCUGGACAGCCAGCCAAGGACCAGUCUCUCUCCUGAUGUUGGACCCAGAUCGCAGAGAAAAUACUGAUGAGGAAUAACAGUAACUAUUAAAUGGAUCAUUUUUUAUAGACUCCUGUAAAUAUAUCACACAUUUCUGCAUUUGUUAAUAAUUUAAAAUACUAUAAACAUAAAGAGAAAUCAUAACAUGGGUAAUGGAGAUAAAUGGACUAGUUUAUUUACAUUUAUGCUACAAGUUUAAUAUGUAUUUUAUUGAUAAAUACAUUUUUAGUGAAUGGAAAUGCUUCAUUGUUUUUAACGGGCAUGCUUCUGAAAAUAAAUUCAUUAUAUUUAAAAAUAAA